AUAAAAUGGGAUUUUUAUGUUCCAAGCAAAAAGAUAAUCAUAUACAUAAAUAAGUUGAAACUUAGAAACAAGAGAACAUUCGUUAAAGUUUAAGUACUACCAAAGAGGCAAUUGACUUUGUUGAAAGUACUUCUUUGGCAAAUUUGAUGAGAACUAAGCCAAUUAAAUCUUAUUUGGCUGAACAAAUUGAGUAAUAAUAAAUUUAGGUGGAUUCAUGUGAAAUAUUAGCAGAUAAGAUAGAAGCCAAAUCUUAAUUAAUUAUUCGUAGCUAUAAUCAUUUUACUGAAAAAGCUUUGAAAAUAAAAUCGAAAGUAUUAGAGUAUUACAGGAAUGAAUAUAUGAAUUAUAUUAAUUCCAAUCUUGAUACAAAUAAAAAUAAAGAAUUUAUAUAAAAAGAAACAAUUUAAGUAAAUUAAAUAUGAUUUCAACUUAUAGUUACUUGUUGAAACUACAGUCAUACUAAAUUGCUUGAUGGAUAAGAACUUUGAUGAUGAAAUUGAACUAUGGUGGGGAGACAAUUACUUUAGUGAUCGAAUAUAGAUUCUAGCUCUUACUGAUAUUGAUUGUUCUGAUAACACAGACAAUAUCACUGCUCCCAUUAUUCAAUAUAUCAAUGCUUUAAAAAAUAAAAUAAUUUAAGUCAUUCCAGUAUAAAAUAAUCAACCUAAAUCUAUUUCAAAUAGUGUUGCUAUAACUAAUGUUCAUCUAACUCAAUUCUAUAAAGAUCUUAAGUUGGAAUUUGCCAAAAAGGUCGAAGAAGAAGAAGAAAUCAACUAAUGA